AUGCCGCUGCUGAUUCCCAUCAAGGCACUGGAGGAAAGGGAAAAGCUUCGGAAGACAAUGAGCCGAUUCGCAGGCUGGUCCUCGCCCCAGCUGCCCCAAGAUGUGGCAUGGCAGUUUGACAUCACGAGCAUGUACGGCAAGAAGGUCUUGGCCGUGCAACAGAUGAAGUUCCAGGAUGGUCAAUAUGGACCAAUCCAGGUGCUGGGAUAUAGCGGCAGCGGUAAGGGCAAGUGCUUGGGAUCUAUCGAUCGCAGGCUCCAACUCCUCACUGGAGAGGGCGCAGAGUUUGGGCGUCUCGUCCGCAAGCAAUCUGGUGCCUACGAGUUGAAGGAAUCCGACACGGGACGGCACCGAUGGUUGGUCCAGGCGAACAUGAAGUUUCAUGGCCAUGAGUACUUCACCGUGACUUGGAGGCCUCGGCGCCGCUUGUUGUCCACGGUGAACCGGGGCGAAGACCAGCUGUCGGAGUACAUGAAGGUGAUGCCCACCCCUGGGGUGGAUGUGGUGCUGGUCGUCCUUUGCUGUAUUGGCCUCUUCGUCUUCAGGAUUGAUGCUCAAGAGCAGGCUGCUGAAGUGCCGGAGGCAGAUCCCGAGGAUGCCGAGGGGAGCGGCUUGGCAGGAGAUGGUGAGAGACCGGAAGAAACUGGAAGAGGGUCACUGAUGAUGAAGCACAAGGCCGCCGCGGAUGGACGGAUCCGGAUUCCAAAAGGCUUCACGGAUCCGACGAGCCAAGUCGCUGCGGCUCGACAUGGGACUGACAUGGGCGAUGAGGGCAAUCCUCGGCCUUCUGUGACCGCUUCUUCCGACGCGGAGGGCGCCGGGCCACGCGGGCCACGCGGGUCGUCGAAGCAAGCGUUACCUGGAAGCGGAGGCGAUGGUGAGAAGUUCGGAGACCUCAGCGACGUGCCCCCACAACGCUUGAAGGAGGUGAAAGCGGUGAUCAAGAGCACACGUGACCUGUGGCAAAAGGGUCGUGUGGGCGGAGUGAGCCACCUGCGAGAAUGGAUCGACACGCUUCAGAGGCUUUCGGGGCUCUCGCGGCAGGUGUGCUUGCAGCUGUGCGUGGCCAUGUCCCGAUGCCUCGCAGCAGAGCGGAAGGAUGAGAAGCCUUCACGAGUGGACUUGCAGCAAGCAUUUGUUCGCAUGGGUGGAUCCCGACACGCCUGUCACAUGAUGAUGCUCCGGCUCCACGAUGAGCGGAUCGUCGCCCAAGUGAUUCGAUUGCUUGCAGCCAGUGUUGAGAAUGCACCGCUGGCAGCAGAGGCGUUGAUGCGAGACAAUUUGGACAACGUGAAACUGGUGAUGCGCUCCAUGGAACGCCACCUGGCCUGCCCCGAAGUGGCGGAGGCUGGAUGUUUGCUCAUCGGCCAUCUCUGCUCCUGCACGGCCACGGAGAGUGGUGAGUUGAUGCCGGUACGCGUGAAAGCGCAUCGGGACAGUCAGAACACACUUUGUCGGGAAGGAGCGGUGGAGAUCAUUGUGGACAUCAUGUGUCUCUACAUGAAGGAUGUUAGAACCAUGACGAACCGUGCUCAUAUGCUGAUGCAGGAAAAGCUCAAAGAAGCCGAAGGGAAGCGCCAGCGGCAGGAUGAGCUGGACAUGGGACUGGGGCGUCCAGAUCGUGCAGCUGUGAACAUGUUUGGGAAGUUGGGUGGUGCACUCAAGGAGCGCAUUCUGAAGGUCCAGGCCAACAUCGAGCUCCGACAGGCCUGGCAAAAGCUGCUGGACCUGGAGGUCAGCGUGGGCCGCCUCCUGAACGCCGCGUUGCAGGCUCUUCUCCUGCUGGUGGUGGGCAAUACCAACGCCAUACGGCAGCUGUCGGGGAACUUCUACACCUACCACCUGAACAAGUUGCUGGAUUUGGGUGAAGCCUUCAUUGGUGCCGCCGCGGAUGCGGCCAAAGACGCGAAAGAGAGGAAGGAGGCGCGCAGGGGUAUGAUGCGUGGGGAGGAAUCGGACGGCGAGGAUUACGCGAACCCUGACAAGAGCCUGAGGAUUCGCGGCAAGGUGGGCCGUGUCGAAGUUCCAGAGGGUCAGGAGCGCCGCUCCAUGUUGUCGAUGGAGACCUUAUCCUUGAAGUGCCAGGUGCUGGUGGAUGCGCUGCGGGGGCACUCGGCGAAGGAUCGGCCGACCAUCGUCUGCAAAGCGUGUCGAUUGUUCCUGCUGAUCCUUGAGCACCACAAGGGUCUUAUCAUGAAGGCGAAUGACCAGGGAAAGAACCAGUGCCGACGCGUCGAGUUGCAGUUGCGGAACCCAGCGCCCAGUGAUGACUUGCAUUUCACGGAGAUCUUCAAACCCUUGGAAAGCGUCUUGGCGGCCUUCAUCAGCGUGCUGAAGACGCACAAUGAGAACUCGCCGGUGAUCAGCGCCGUCUUUCAGGUGAUCGCCAAGCUCCGAGAGCUCGCGCUUCUCUCGGUGUGGGGGUCCUCGUGGCCGGUGCGGCGGCGCUGGCCUGCCGGCAUGCACUUGAAUGGUUCGAAUGCGGAGAAGCAAUGGCAGGUGCUGAUCGCCAAUGCUGGGGAGGGCGCCGAGUAUGUGAUCCGCAAGGCAGCGCAACGCCUGGCUGUGGCUUUGGAAGAGACCAAGAAAGGGGAUCAUCGCAUCGAAACCUUCCACCUCAAGCCGAAUCAGAUCGAGGGCAACGGAGAGUGGUUGACGCCCCGGAUGCGGGAGGAGGUGAGAGAGAUGAUUCACGUGGGAGAGGUCUUGGCGGCCGAUGCCUUCAAAGCUGCUUGGGCCGAACAAGAGGAGCCGCUGCGGUGGGAGAAGAUAUACCAGAAGCAACAACAACUGAAAGCACAGGAAAAAUACAGGGAAGACAAGAGAAAGGCCAAAGAGAUGGGUAUUAGCUACGAAGAGUUCCACCAGCUGGAGCUCGAGGAGCAGGCGCGCAAAGAAGCAGCGGACGAUGACUCCAGCAGCAGUGGGAUGUCUGGCUUUGAGAGGGAGGAUAAUCCUCAACAAGGAGUUGCAGUUGAAGAGGAAGAUGAAGUGCUGAACUUUGACGAGGAGGAUGUGAUGGGCGACGUGCAGUGGCUGCGUGCGAUUGGCUUUGGCUCUCACGACGAGGAUGACUUUGAUCGGCUUUGGCGCAAGCCCAUUACAGAUAUCCUCUUGCGCAACAUCCCGGAGAGGGCACCGCCCGAUAGCAAGUGGGCGAUCGAGGCUGCUCAAAGGCGGCGGGAGCUGGUCGAGCAGGCUGAAAAGACGGGCGAGCCCUUGGAGGAUCCUGACAUGGACGAACUUCUGCAAAUCGAGAUGUUGGAGUCUGUUCAGGGAAAGCUCAAGAUUCGAGCUUUGGUACGUCCACAGGAUCAGAUCCAAGCCAACAACAUCGAGACUCGCGGGAAAGAGCUCACGGAUCCUAAAGGUGCCUCCAAAGUCAUCGUGCAGGAAGUGGCGAAGGGCUUCCGGAGAAGCGGCUAUUUGCUCCCCAAGUAUGGCUUCGCUUGCCGAAUCCAGAAGCGGGCAGCCUCACUCACUCAACUGGCCAGAGAGGCCCAGAAGACCAGCUGAUUAGAGCUAGGUGCAGGCAGUGUCACUGCUUGGGGAGCUUGGUCUUUCCUUGGUUCAGUCUGUGCAUGGGGAGUCAAACACCGCUUCCGUACUGAGCACUCGUGCUCUGUUUGCAUCUCCUAGCCUAUACCCGUUUCCACCCCCGAAAACAGCUCGUGCCCAAGCGAUUCGCACCUCCCGAAGGGAGUUGGGUUUCGAGCGCGUUAACGAGCUCGAAUUUGGCCGAAGCAGCCACGACCGGUGUGAGAAAGGGCUUUGGAUUUUGAUUCCACCUCCGCCUUGCGGUGACCGGUGAAGAUGCUUCCUCGUGAGAGAGAGAGAGAGGUCUGAAGACAUCAUCAGCCUGUCCAGAGUUAUUGACACUGGAUAGAACCUGGAGGAGCUUGGAAAGUCUCCACCAAUGAGGUUCAAGUUCCAUCAGCUUCGUUCUUGUACCACCUGAUGGCAGGAAGGGCUUGAUCUUUGGUUUGGAUAGGAAAGAUAUGAC